AUGCCAUGUUGCGGGUUCCCUGUAGCUGAGAGGUCUUGAAUGGUUCUGUGUGAUGUGCUCUGAGCCCUGCUGCUGGGUGGUGUGAGGCGCGCACAGGCAAGCUCCCGAAGUUGCGACAUGAAUACAAUGACCUAUGAUGAUGUGCAUGUCAAUUUCACUUGGGAAGAGUGGGCUUUGCUGAAUCCUUCCCAGAAGAGUCUCUACAAAGAUGUGAUGCUGGAGACCUACAAGAACCUCACUGCUAUAGGCUACAAUUGGGAAGACCAUUAUAUUGAAGAAGAAUUUCAAAGUUCUAGAAGCGAUGGAAGGUAAUUUUCAUGUGCAAGCUGAUACAAAUAUGACUCUGAAGAAAUUUUACUCUGCUCCGGAAGUUCUAAAAAAAAAAAAAAAGCCACCACGUAAAAAGUAUUUCUUUAAGUGUAUCAAUGAUUAUUAUUCUCAUAAAUCCAUGUACCUCAAUGUCAAGUGUCUGAUUUGUGUUUGAGAGGCACACUUCUAAGAAAGGAGACAAGGAACCAAUGCCUUAACAGAUAUCCCAUUUGAAUUGUAGACCUAUUAGAGCUAUGGUAUAGAACUGCCAGUCUGUCUCACUUAAAAUUGCAAAAAGUAUACACUUUGAAUAGGUGAUAAAUA